CUCAAUGCCCAUUCUGUGUGGGUUCCUGGUUCUCUGCGGGUUCUUUCCUGCUGCGGACAAUUCUCUUCCUGUCUCAGCCUGACACUGGGGGGCCGAGUCUAAGUCUCCGGCCCAGCCGCACGGGUGGAAUGUGUCUGCCACCCCUAGGCCAGAUGAGGGGGCUGGGGGUCAUGGUGGGCCUUAGUGGAGCCCCCUUUUGACCUUUGUAGGUCAGCGCCGGCCAAGGGGCUAGACAAUGAGUCUCCUCUUCCUAGAAAGAAGGAAUUUUGGCGGCGACAAUAGAGCAGUGUCUGCUCUGGCGUGGGGUGUGGUGGCUGACUCAGUUCUGCCCCCCAGACGUUGCUCUAACAAAUGUCAUCAAGAAAUGGGGGCAGUUUCCCCUUCAUGCCCUGGCUGCCCCCCCCACCUUUGACGACUGCCUUCUUAGCUAAUCUUGCCACUUCUCCCAUGACCCAACCUGCUUUGUUCUCUCCCAGCUCAGUCUCAUUCCCUGACCCACAGCCAGUGCCCCUCGUCUGGGUGGGGUUGGCAUGGGGGAGGGGCGAGGCCAGGGCUGCUGCCGCUGGUGGCCUCUGUGGAACUGGAGACGACGGUCUAUAAAUAAGGGCUUAUCAGGGACUUGGGAAGCGAUGUCUAAGGAGCCCUUUGCAGGGGGAGAGUGAGGUCGUGAGUGGGCUUGAGCAGGGUCAGGGAUGGGAGGGCUCUGUCUGGGCUGGCUCCUCCUCUUCUCUGCAGCUGCCCAGCCCGCCCACUGGAGUGAGCUGCUGCCGCUGAGGCUGAAGUCUCCAAAGAGAAGAGUGAGAAGGACAGCCAGCCGCCUGGCGCAAAGAAUCAUGGGGCCCGGAGCUGAGCACACUCUCCUAGGCGGCCUCGCAUUCCUCCUGCUUCUCAUGUCAGGCGAGGGAGCCAAGGGUGGAUCCCACAAAGAGAGCCCGAGGGUCUGCUCGAAGCAGACACUGGUGGUCCCGCUCCAGUACAACGAAUCCUACAGCCAGCCGGUGUACAAGCCCUACCUGACUCUCUGUGGCGGGAGGCGCGUCUGCAGCACCUACAGGACCACGUACCGGGUGGCGUGGCGGGAGGUGCGGAGGGAGGUGCCGCAGACCCACACCGUGUGCUGCCAGGGCUGGAAGAAGCGGCACCCGGGGGCGCUUACCUGUGACCAAGCCGUCUGCGCCAAGCCCUGCCAGAACGGAGGCACCUGCGUGCGGCCCGAGCAGUGCGAGUGCGCCCCCGGCUGGGGUGGGAGACACUGUCACGUGGACGUGGACGAGUGCCGGCCCGGCAUCUCCCUGUGUUCGCACCGCUGCCUCAACACGGCGGGCAGCUUCACCUGCGGCUGCCCCGCGGGCCUGGCGCUGGGCCCCGACGGGCGCACCUGCACCGAGGGCUCCGCUGAGCCCCCCACCAGUGCCAGCAUCCUCAGCGUGGCCGUUCGGGAAGCGGAGCGCGAGGACGGCGCCCUGAAGCGGGAGAUCAGGGAGCUGCAGGGGCGCCUGGAGAGGCUGGAGCAGUGGGCGGGGCAGGCCGGGGCCUGGGUCCGAGCGGUGCUGCCCAUGCCGCCUGAAGAGAUCGAGCCCGAGCAGGUGGCCGAGCUGUGGGGCCGGGGCGACAGGAUCGAGUCCCUCAGUGAGCAGGUGCUGCUGCUGGAGGAGAAGCUGGGCACCUGUUCCUGCGAGGACAAUAGCCUGGGCCUGGGCCUCAGUCGAAGACGGCGAUAAAGGAACUGGCGCUGGGCUCCUGCUCCCUAAUUUAUACAGGACUGGACUUACUCAUCUGGGAUUGGCUGGCUGCGAGGCUGCAGAUAAAGGUUAUCUGCUGCCAAAAAGCAGUGUGCGGGGCUGGGGCGAUAGGAUGGAGGGCAGGGGGCCCGCCUUGCACGCAGCUGACCCAGGUUUGAUCUCUGGCAUCCCAUACGGUGCCCCACCCCCCACCAGGAGUAAUUCCUGAACUACUGGUGCCAGCAGUAGCCUCUGAGAACCACUGGGCGUGGCCCAAAACCA